CCUUGGAAUCAUUCAAACAAUGCCCUUUCCGUGAUCUUUGUCGUUGUUUGCUUUGUGCUUUCCUUUCGCCUCUUCACCUGCGGAAACCCUUACUUCUACCAACGACCCUUUCGCUUCCCCACCACACCAAUGGCCUCACACUACUAGCCAUAGGGGCGCCAACACUGCUACGCACACCUACUGCGCGCAACACACACACCGCAGAUAGCGCUUACAUAGCGCCUUACCCACAAGAUGUCGGGAACACAGUCGUCGGUGUCGUCGACGGAGAGCAGCAAAGCUCAGGACAGGGAGAAUCAGAGCAUCGAGAACUUCGCUGCCUCCUUGGCCGCCGCUGCUGUUGUUUUCGGUGUGCAGAUGGGCGUUUUCCUGAUCCUGAGCGGCAACUGGAAAAUCACACGGUCAAAGAAAGGCUUAACUGAAGCAAAGACGCAGCGGCAAAGCCUGUUCCAAAGGAUAUACUACUACAAGACCGCCUAUGUACCGCAAGCGAAGCGCAUCGCAGCCCCCGUCACCGCCAUCGAGUCUAUCAAAACUGUCUUUAUGAUUAGCGACCGAGAACUUAUUCGCAUAGCAGGUGUCGAUGGCUUCCUGUUCCUUGAAUACCUGCAACUGUUACUCCGCAUAUUUAUACCCAUGGCCUGCGUCAUUCUUCCUAUUCUGCUGCCAAUCAACCGCGCUGGAGACGUCGAUGGUGUAUCUGGACUUGAUUCGUUCGCGUGGCCAAACGUGGGCGUGCAGAAUAAACAGCAUCGGCUGUGGGCACAUCUGAUCUUGGCAGUACUUGUUGUGUGCUGGGUCUGCUACAACUUCUUCCUGGCCUUGAGGAAAUUCGUCCGCCUAAGGCAAACAAUCCUCACUAUGCCAGAGCAUCGCAUUCGCGCAUCUGCAACCACCAUUUUGGUCCAGAGUAUCCCGCACAAGUGGCUUACUGUGGCCGCGCUGGAUGCGCUUUACGAUGUAUUUCCCGGCGGCAUUAAGGAGAUCUGGAUUAAUCGCAAUUAUGAUGAGCUGCAGGACAAAGUCAACAAGCGGAGUAAGAUCGCAAGAACCCUUGAGGGUGCUGAAACGAACUUGAUCAUUCUGUGUACCAAGAAGAACAAGGAGAAGAUGGAAGCAAAGGCUAAACAAGAGGGCAAGAAGAAGAAAACCAAGAGAGAAAGAAAGGCAGAAGAGGCGCAAAUGGACCACGACAUUGCACAAGAGACUGUCGACCACGGUAUGGACGCUGGUAACCCUCACCAGAUCGAACAACAAUUGCAAUCUGUCCUGGAAGAAGACUCGUCAUCUUCAUCCUCCGACUCGUCCCGCUCUUCGUCGCAUUCACGCAAGAAGCCUAUGUUCCCGAUUCCUUUCGUGGGCCAAGGCCUGCAUGCUGUAGGAGACGGCUUUCGCGAUGUGGGACAAGGUGUGGGUAACUUCAACAAGAAACUCUACGGCGGUUUCAGGGGUGCAUUUGCUGGUAAAGACAAGCAUGACCAGGCGCAGCCCCAGCUCGAUGGUGGUGUUGACGUACCAAUUUCGCCGACGUCUGCAGAGUUUGUGCAAAGGGGCGCUAGCAGCGACACCUAUUCGCCUUUGGCGCCUGCAGACCAAGACCCGAUGGACUCUGAACGUACCGUAACGCAGACAAGCGCACCAAACGAAAAACAAAAACCCACGAAGAAAGAGAAGAAGAAGUCCAAACAUUUCAAUCCGUUCCGAUCUCUGCGACGCAUGAGCGACGACUUCGCAAGCCCUCAGCCUUUCCGCAAACCUGGCGAAGUACUGCCAGACGAGUUGAGUGAGCCUAUAAAAGUAAAGUACGACCUCAGAGGUGUCUACAACGAGAGUAUAACAGAGGACGACGAAACGGCGCUUUGGAGAUCGUACAUCACGCCAAAAGACCGUGAAACUAUGCGUCUCCCUCUGUUCAACUUGGAUUGGUGGCCUUCUAUUCCAUUGAUUGGCAAGAAGGUGGACACGAUCUACCAUUGUCGCAAGGAGCUGGCGCGACUCAACGCAGAGAUUGACGAGGAUCAGGCUCAUCCUGAGCGUUACCCUCUGAUGAAUUCUGCCUUCAUCCAGUUCAACCAUCAGGUCGCCGCACACAUGGCUUGUCAGUCGUUAAGUCACCAUGUUCCUCGGCAAAUGGAUCCUCGAACUGUCGAAGUCAACCCCAACCACGUGCUCUGGGAUAAUCUUACGAUGAAAUGGUGGGAGCGAUACCUUCGACUUUUCGGUGUUAUCAUGCUGAUCGUUGGGCUCAUCAUCUUCUGGGGUAUUCCAGUCUCAUUCACCGGAGCUUUAUCUCAGAUCUCCACACUGACCGAGGAACUGCACUUCUUGCGCUUCCUCAACGAUAUGCCAGGUUGGGCAAUUAGUUUCGUGCAGGGUGUCCUGCCCCCAGCGUUUCUGGCCAUUCUUUUCGCUGUUUUGCCGAUCAUCCUGAGAUUUCUGGCCGGAGCCACAGGUACGACGACGUCCGGAGAGCGUGAGCUUCUGGUGCAAAACUUUUACUUUGCCUUCGUCUUCGUCCAACUGUUCCUAGUUGUGUCGCUUUCCACCGGCAUCACCGCAACGAUUCGAAAGAUUACCAACGACCCUAUCAGUGUCCCUCAGACUCUGGCCGAGAACUUGCCUAAAGCUGCAAACUACUUCUUUUCGUACAUGAUCUUGCAGGCCCUCAGUAUCAGCUCUGGUACUCUGCUUCAGAUCGGUGCUGUUGUCAUCAUUGUUCUCUUCGGCUUCUUCGACACGACACCUCGACAAAAGGUCUCCCGGGUACUGAAUAGGUCAGGCAUGAAUUGGGGUACUAUGAUUCCGGUCUACACCAACUUUGGCGCAAUCGGAAUCAUCUAUUCGAUCAUCUCGCCUUUGAUCAUCAUCAUGAUGUUGAUCACAUUUUCCCUCUUCUGGUUUACCUACCGGUACCAGAUGAUCUACGUCUCAUACGCUAAGGCCGAAACGAACGGACUGAUCUUUCCAAAGGCUGUCAACCAGCUCUUUACCGGUAUCUACUUCCUUGAGCUCUGCCUUGUUGGUCUGUUCUUCCUACAGGACAACAAAGCUUGUGUGCCUCAUGCGAUUAUCAUGAUCGUUGUGAUGAUCUUCACUGUGCUCUACCAGUUUGUGCUCAAUCGAGCCUUUGGUCCGCUGUUCACCUACCUCCCCAUCACCUUCGAAGACGAGGCUGUCGAACGUGACGAGGAGUUCCAGCGCGCCCAAGCCGCACGAUGGACCGACGCAAACGAUGCAGAGCAUCAGUCUCUCAUCGGAGAAAGCGCAGCCAAGACUGCAGAAGACCGUGAACGCGCACACAUGGAGGCAAUGGACCGCUUGAAUGCACAGCGAACACCAUCGGGCGGCAACGGUAAUGAAACAUUCGAACUCUCGAACCUUGAUAGCCCUAGGCCAGACCGCAAGAACAACUGGAAGAGCAAGUCACGUACAUCCGUCCACGCCAGUCGCUCUCGCUCUCGCUCCCGUGCUACGCCUAAGAAGCACAAGCGUAAGGAUCCCCUCGAUGUCUUUGCCGACACCCUCAAACGCGGUCUGGAUGAUGUCACGGACGGUAUUACGCGUCCCGUGCGCGACAUUGAAUCCCAGGUCCUGCCCACGGCCAACUUAUUCGACAACAUCGACGACGAGCUGCAAGACAUAGAACCCGAGGCUCGCCAGAAGCUUAUUAAGCGCAGCUUCCAGCACCCCGCGACACGCACGAUUCAGCCUGCUGUAUGGAUUCCGCACGACGAGUUGGGUAUCUCUAAGGACGAAAUCCAGCGCACCAGUGUCUUCAGUUCGAGGAUUUGGAUUACCAGCGUCAAUGCUAGGCUUGACGGGCGUGGUAAAGUCAUGUACAGGGGACUGCCGCCUGAUCGCGAUCCUUUCGAGAACAUGGAGGUGUAGAGACGCAUUGUAGCAGCGUGUCUUUUCUGAUUGUUAGCGAGCAUCAUCAUAUUCAUUGUCUUCUCAUACAUAGCGUGCGCAGCUUGGGGGUACAUAUGGCGCUUGCCGCUCCACUAGAUGGAGAGCGGAGUUACAUCCUGCACUGCAUAGUUCGUGGGACAGAAGAUAAUUUACACAUUUCGAUUCAUUUCAACGCAAAAUUCGUAUGAUGUUCACGUGGCGUGGUUCUCAUGACCGGACGGAUGAUUCAUCUGAUGCGUCUUUCAGUCUCAGGAUCCAGCUGGGUAUCUUACACAGGUGUCGUGCAAUUGACGCAAUGAAAGUACGGUCACGUGUUCGACGUGUCGCGCUAACUUCCCCACAACGCGUCUGGCGCAUCUACGCAACUCUACACAAACUUUCUU